AUGGCUCACAGCAGUCAGCGUAAUCGAAUCUCGAAUGCCAUCGACAGCCUGAUUGCUCACUUGGUGCCCAGCAAUGCAAACGAGGACGAGCAGGUAGCCCAGGCGAGGCACGACGCAUGCUUUGAGCUCGUCCGGUCCAUACUCCAGCAGCCUGUCUCCCCAGCCAUCUCGUCAGAUGUGAAUCAUGCUUCCGACCUCAUCAAGAGGAAGCUCAUCCACAGCAACCCCAGCCAGGCGCUGCGGUACUCGAACCUGUACACACGGCUGCUUUCGCUGCCUGUUCUCAACCAAAAAUGGGCCAUCCUGUAUCUGCUCUAUCAGCUCUCUGACUCCCCUGACCCGAACGAGCCGCUGCCGUUGAGCCCGUCGACCACGGUGCACGAGCCUCCGCAGCAGCCGCAGCAGCAGCAGCAAAACGAAAGAGGGCCCUCUCGACCCGUUGAGAAAGCGAGGCCAUCGAGACCACCGACAGCUGUCCCCACGCAGGACGAAGAGGUUCUCAAUGACGCUUUUGCCCCAGGUGGCUUGAAGAAGCUGUCGGGGGGGAAGCAGAAGCGCACACUGACUGAAGAGACACCGCCAACCGAAGUGAGCGAAAGUUCACCCAAAAAGGCCGCAAGGGAUGUCUCGCUGAAGUCAACCCUACUUGCCGAUAACUCAGAUGACUAUGAACCUUCUGAGACAGUUCUCUUGCGGGAUCUUCCCUUUACUCUCCAGGGGCUGUCUUCCACCACACUUCCCUUUUCCAAGGACACAGUACUAAAACUCCCCGUUACUCUGCCUCCACCUAUUGUAUCCCUACUACAUAGCCUUGCCGAGCCUUCCUUGUUAUACAAGGGCCUAGCAUCUUUCGUCAAGUCGACUGCGAAGGGUUUACUAGGCCAGAGCCUGCGUGCCGCCAUUAGCAAUGAAUUACGAUCAUAUCUCACUCUCGUUGCAACGCUCGAAGGGCAGAUCCGGCGGGCCCUCUCCUCGCUGAACGAGUCUGCGCCUCGUCACGGCAUAGGGAAGGCCGGCGUGACCCUCAAGCGUUGCGUGGUGUGGACUCGUGAAGCGACCAUGGGGUUAAGGCUCAUGUCUCUGAUCGCGGAGGAGAGCAAGGCCAAACAUGGCGGGCAGCUGAUCAGUUUGAUCCAUGGCUUCUCCAUUUCCCACGGCGACCCGGUCGUGGCAGCGUUCGCGGAGCGCCUGCUCAGAGACGUGACGCGGCCAUUCUACGACAUACUCCGGCGCUGGAUCUACGACGGGGAGCUGUCGGACCCCCACCUGGAAUUCUUCGUCAGGGAGCAGAGCCACUCUGACGAGGACCGGGAAAAGGCCAAAGCUAAAGGACACGCCAGCGUCUGGAACUCAAAGUACGAGCUCAUCGAUGCCAUGGUGCCGAGCAUCAUCACCGCCGAUUUCGCGCAGAAGGUCUUUCUGAUUGGGAAAUCACUGAACUUUAUCCGCCACAGCUGCGGAGAUAGCCAAUGGGUCGACGCCUAUAGUAAGACGUCGUCCAAGGAGCUGAGAUACGGUGACACUGCAACGCUUGAGAAAUGGAUUGACGAGGCGUACAAGACGACAAUGCAGCGUCUAAUGCACCUCAUGAACACCCGUUUCCACGUAUUUGACCACCUGCAAGCUCUAAAGAACUACAUCCUCUUGGGACAGGGCGACUUCAUCGCUCUCCUAAUGGAGUCCCUUGCGGCAAACCUGGACCGUCCUGCUGGGGCGCAGUACCGCCACACGCUGACGGCCCAGCUGGAACAUGCCAUCCGGGGUUCCAAUGCACAGUACGACAGCGAUGAAGUCAUAAGGAGGUUAGACGCUCGCAUGCUGCAGCUCAGCCACGGGGACCUAGGAUGGGACUGCUUCACGCUCGAGUACAAGAUCGACGCUCCCGUCGACGUGGUAGUCACCGAGUGGGGCAACCGGCAGUAUCUCAAAGUUUUCAACUUCCUCUGGCGCAUCAAACGCGUCGAAUUCGCCCUGGCAUCAACCUGGCGCAAGUGCAUGACGGGCUCGCGGGGCGUCCUACAGACGUCCGACGAAAGGGUGCUCCAAACAUGGAAAAGCACCCGCGGCGUGCUCGCCGAGAUGGUUCACUUUGUCGGCCAGCUGCAGUACUACAUUCUCUUUGAGGUGAUUGAGAGCAGUUGGGCCGAGCUGCAGAAGAACAUCCGCAAGGACGACUGCACCCUCGACGACCUCAUCACGGCCCACACCAACUACCUCACGUCCAUCACCCACAAGGGUCUGCUCGGCGCCCGUCGCAGGCAAUAUCACGACUCGCUCAAAGAAUCCGGGCGCGACCCUGCCGAAGUCGAAGACCGCAACUCGUACAUGGUGCAGCUCGGCGAGCUCCUGCGGAUCAUGCUUGCCUUCCGCGACUGCGUCGACGGGCUGUACAGCUGGUCGCUGUCCGACUUUACCCGCCGGCAGGAGGCGGAUGCUGUAGGGCUCAUGCGCCAGCACAGCAGGAACCAACCCAGCGGCGGCGGCGACUUUGCCGACGACCCCUUCACCCCCACGACCACCGGCAACCCAACGAACUCCGAUAGUGUCCAGUCCGAACUGCCCGCCUUGCAGGGCCGCCUCAAACUCCUCGGCACCAGCUUCCGCACCCGCCUGCAGGUCCUGCUGGGCGACUUGGCGUACCAGCCGGACAUGGACAUGCGCUUCCUCGGAGUGUCCAUGAACUUUAACGACGUCUAUCAGCCCGUGAAGAAGAAGUCGAAGCAGCAGCAGCAGGCGCAAACAACCCAGUCACAGUCUCAGACCCAGAAUCAGACCCAGAGCCAGACGCAGACACAAACCCCGGCGCCUACAGCCGCGGUCAAUCCGUCUCGGGGCUAG